GCCCCUCCCGGGCUGCCUGCCCGCUCUGGCCAGCCCGCAGACGAAGAGGCUCUCGGCCUCCAGGAGGAGGCAGCGCUUUAUCAACCAGGCUGUGCGGAACUCGGACCUCGUGCCCAAAGCCAAGGGGCGGAAGAGCCUUCAGCGCCUGGAGAACACCCAGCACCUCUUGACCCUGCUGGAGACAGACGGCGGCCCAGCCGGUCUGGACGAGAGCGACCUGGCCCCCGAUGUGGCCCCAGGCAUUUUUGCAGAGGCAUGCAGCAACGCCAGCUAUGUGGAGCGCUCUGGGGAGGAGCAGGAGCGAAUUCUACGCUACCUGGAGGAUGAGGGCAGGGGCAAGGCCCGGAGGAGGGGGCCUGGCCGCGGGGAGGACCGCCGGAGAGAGGACCCUGCCUACACGCCCCGCGAGUGCUUCCAGCGCAUCAGCCGGCGCCUGCGAGCCGUGCUCAAGCGCAGCCGCAUCCCCAUGGAGACGCUGGAGACAUGGGAGGAGCGGCUGCUGAGGUUCUUCUCCGUGUCCCCGCAGGCCGUGUACACGGCCAUGCUGGACAGCAGCUUCGAGCGCCUCCUGCUGCAUGCCGUGUGCCAGUACAUGGACCUCCUGUCGGCCAGCGCCGACCUGGAGGGCAGGCGGCAGAUGAGGGUCAGCAAUCGGCACCUGGACUUCCUGCCGCCGGGGCUGCUGCUGUCCGCCUACCUGGAGCAGCAGAGCUGAUGGCGGCCGGACCGCCCGGCGUUUCAGAGCUCCCAGCCCGUCGCCCCGGUGGGCGCGGUCGCCCCUGGCACCCAGCUCUGGCCCGGCCCCUGGCUUCCUGCGCUAGGACUGGGUUUGGGCCGGGAGACCUGACCCGGGCACUUCCUCGCUCUUUUCUUUGUUUGGCUUCUUCGUCCCAGUCUGAAGCCCAAACCAGGAGGGAGAGGAUGGGUUUUUAUCGCUUUUAAUGAAUUUGGCAUGAUUUGUUGUACAUUUUUAAAUUUCCAUUUUGGAGAAAAAAACAAAAGCUCGCCCCAGCUGAUAAGUGGGCGGGAGGCCUACCAGGCUUUUAGCUCGGGUGGGGCUGGGCUGGGACCCGCCCCGGCCCAGGAGCAUCUCGGUGUGUGCGUGUGCGUGUGCGUGUGCGUGUGCGUGCCCACAGCCCCGGGGACACCGUGUCGGGAUGGUUUUGUGCUCCCUGUCCUGUGCAUCCUACCUGCUCUGCGGGCCCUGCCCUUCAGCCCCCCACACACUGGCCUGGACUUCCAGUGGAAGCCACCGCCUGCAGUGCCCGUCCCUCCUCAUGUCCCUCUGCCCUGGCCUGAGGGCUCGGAGUGUCCGCACUGGUCACCUUGCGUAGGGACAGCCCCUGUGUGCCUGGCUGUGCUUGGGAAACGGCGUUCAGUAAAUUUCUGGUGCUCUGGC